AUGAGAGCAAAUUGUUCCAGCAGUUCAGCAUGCCCUGCCAACAGUUCGGAAGAGGAGUUGCCAGUGGGGCUGGAGGCACAUGGGAACCUGGAACUUGUUUUCACAGUGGUGUCAGCCGUGAUGAUGGGCCUGCUUAUGUUCUCCUUGGGAUGCUCUGUGGAGAUCCGGAAUCUAUGGCUGCACAUCAGGAGACCCUGGGGCAUUGCUGUGGGACUGCUCUGCCAGUUUGGGCUCAUGCCUCUUCUAGCCUAUCUCCUGGUCAUCAGCUUCUCUCUGAAGCCAGUUCAAGCUAUUGCUGUUCUCAUCAUGGGGUGCUGCCCAGGGGGAACCAUCUCUAACAUUUUCACCUUCUGGGUUGAUGGAGACAUGGAUCUCAGCAUCAGUAUGACAGCCUGUUCCACAGUGGCUGCCCUCGGGAUGAUGCCGCUCUGCCUUUAUCUCUACACCUCGUCCUGGAAUCUUGAGCAGAAUCUCACCAUUCCGUAUCAGAACAUAGGAAUUACCCUUGUGUGCCUGACCAUUCCUGUGGCCUUUGGUGUCUGUGUGAAUUAUAGGUGGCCAAAACAGUCCAAAGUCAUCCUAAAGAUUGGGGCCAUUCUUGGUGGGGUCCUCAUUGUGGUGGUCGCAGUUGCUGGUGUGGUACUGGCGAAAGGAACUUCGAAUUCAGACAUCACUCUUCUGACCAUCAGUUUCAUCUUUCCUUUGAUUGGCCAUGUCACGGGCUUUCUGCUGGCGCUUCUUACCCACCAAUCUUGGCAGAGGUGCAGGACUAUUUCUUUAGAAACUGGAGCUCAGAAUAUUCAGAUGUGCGUCACCAUGCUCCAGCUAUCUUUCACUGCCAAGGAUUUGGUCCAGAUGCUUAGCUUCCCAUUGGCCUAUGGACUCUUCCAACUGUUGGAUGGAUUUCUCAUUGUUGCAGCAUAUAAGAUGUACAAGACGAGAUUGAAGAGCAAAGACAGAAGAAAGAGUCCGGGUCGUGCACAAGUCUGCCAUAAGAAGUCCACUUCUCCCAAAGAGACCAGCGCUUUCUUGGAGGUGAAUGAAGAAGCCGCCGUGACUCCCGGGCCGUCAGGGCCGGUGGAGCUCCACACAGCUCUUGGGCCGACCGGCUGCCUCUCUUCAUGUGCAUAGUGGGGUGCUGGCCUGACUGGUCCCCGGCUUCCUCAGCGGCCGGUAAACACUGUGCAGAGCUGACGAGUGAACCUUGUUGGCAGGGCCUGUGGGAGUAUUUGAUUGUCAGAUGUUAGAAUAUUUAUAUUUUUAUGUGGAUUGUGAAUUGUC